AUGUUAAGCAUACCUCUCUAUGGCGAUCAACAUCGGAACACGAUCAAAUCGGUGCGUGGUGGAUAUGCGCGCACAUUAAACUUCGGUCAAAUGACGAGCGAGGAUCUGGUACAGAAUAUACGAUUGCUAAUCAGUGAUGCCAGUUACAAACAGAAGGCACUGGAAGCAUCACGCAAAUUUAGAGAUAAUCCAAUGCAUCCUUUGGAUGAAGCUUCAUUCUGGAUCGAAUAUAUUGCGAGGCACAAAGGUGCUACACAUUUGAAAUCUUAUGGCGCCUAUAUGCCACUGUAUCAGUACUUGUUGUUGGAUGUGUUUGGUUGUGCGCUUUUGAUUGCAUUUAUAGUGAUUUGGUUACCGUUAAAAAUUCUCAAAUUUUUGGGUAGCCUGUUGCGGCGAAAAGAGCCUGAGGCGUUACGCAAAAAGCAUCAGUAGAGCUGUGAUGAAAUUUUUUCUAUGAAAAAU